UACACUCGUGUGUUUCGAGAAGAUUUCUGAGAAUAUUUCCAAAAGUGAACGCUUUUAACCUCUAGCCCCUGUCUGUGCCAAUGACAGCACUGUCUCCUAUGGAAAUGACGUGCAUUUUUACGUCUGAAUCUUGUGUUGACGUUGCCGGAUAUUACUUCCAGUUAUUGAUGGUUCACCUUAUUUUUUGGUGCAGGUGACCCAAAAUUGUUUGGUGUACAAAUGGCAUUUGAACGACUGGAUGUUUUGCCUUUGGCCGUCUUCAUUCUUUUCCCAGCAACUUUUUUAGCGACUUAUAUUAUAGCCGUUCUUCUUGGACAUGUAGAGCCAGACUUUCCGUACAUUAGUGAUACGGGGACAUAUUCUCCAGAGAGCUGCAUAUUUGGCCAGCUGCUGAACGUUGGGACACUUCUAUUGGGCUUGGUGAUAUAUGUUCGUUACCGGCAAGUUGCAGAAUAUUACAGUAGCUACUCAUUGUCCCCUGCUGUACUCAGUCUGAACAAAAUGGGGGUGUGGUUUGGCCUGCUGUCAUGUCUUGGCCUCAGCUUUGUAGCUAACUUCCAAGAAACUAAUGUUAUAACUGUUCACCUUACUGGAGCUUUCUUAUGUUUUGGGUUUGGAACCGUGUACUUCUGGAUUCAUGCAGUGUGUUCUUACCAUAUGCAGCCAUUAGCAAAUAGUCUUCAGCUGGCCCAUCUUAGACUAGCACUGGCUGUCAUAUGCACUGUAUUUUUUAUUUUACUCAGCAUAACUGGAGUUCUGUCACACAUUCAAUUCAGAGGAAGCAAUCCACGUAAGUGGUAUCCUAAUGAUGGCGGCUGGCAGCUACAUGUGAUAAGUACGGCAUCUGAAUGGGUUGUUGCAGUGGCCUUCUGUAUAUAUAUCUUGUCAUUUGCAAGAGAAUUCCGUAACAUUAGCCUAGAAUCAAGGGUAUAUUUGAAUGUGGAAAGUGGAGGCUUUAGCGUAGUAGACAGUGAGUGUUCACCAGUUCUUCCACAUGCUGCUGUUCCUGAAGGUGUUGUUAUUGUGCGACAAGGUGGAAACAGUAUUAUCACUUGAUUAGAGAUACAUGCAAGAUGCAAUUCUUCGGGUUCACAUGCCAGUACUGUUUGGUGUGACGAAUCAGGAAGUCAGCAUUCUGUUGUGAUUAUUGCUUCUAGCCAAACAAAUUGUGAUUCUGUCCAACGAGAGAAUGAAGUGUUAGAAUUUAAUCACCAAAAUAUACAUUUCUCUGAAGAUGAUGUGUGUGAACAUGUGAGCAGUGAAUCUCAAGAGAACUUUCAGGUCUCUGAAAACAGCAAUGAGUGUGCACAGCACUCAGUUGUGAUAUUCUCUUCAUCAUCUCCAAGAUCUCGUUGCAGUGAUAUUCCCGAAAACAAUCCAGUUCUUUCCUCCGAGACUGAAGAUAAUGGAGAGUUAGUUCCUAGCAAGUUGCUGUCACUUUCUCUCUCCCUAUUGGUGGCUGCAUUCUUCCAAGCCAUUCGCUGCCUUCAGGAACUAAUAGAAGACACAUUUAGGACACUACACUGUGAUUUAGAUGUAGAGUAAGUUCAUAAAGCCUUACACCUGAAAUUAUUUUUUAAAAUUUCAGAUUUAACAGUUUUAAUCAAUAAAAACUAAAUUCAGGAAAGAGAGAACACCUGCAAAUAUUAAGUAUGGUAUUUUUACAACGAAUAGUCUCUAUAAUCAAUUACACGCUUAAUGUAGGCCUAUGUAGGCUUUGUUUUGUACUACUGUUUGUGAAUUUUACAUGACAUUAUAAACUUUUAUAUAAGACUCUUAAGAAAAUAUAUAUAACACAUUGGAGAAAUGCCCUUUUGCAAGUCCAAGACAUUAAAAACCUUAUAACGGUGCUUACAUUUGCUUAAAGAGGUGAUUGAGACUGAAGAGAUUUUUUUUUCUUUUUUUAAUCUAGGUGAAAGUAAUGUAAAAUUUUGAUAUGGAAGAGCCUGGUACACUGUUUAUAACUUUCCACUGCAUUCAUUUGUGCAGCCUCCCUAUCCUAAUUUCAGUCCAAUUGCUUCAUUAUUUCAUACAACUUAUUGAGUUGAGUUGUAUCAGAGUAAUUAUUUCUUUUAGGCAAUCUGCCUAAAGAUUAAAUGAAAAUUUAUAAUUGAUGACAAUCUGAGAUGUAGCUUUGAUUUGAAGAAACUUUUUCCAGUAUUAUCUUUUCAUUGAAAAUCCUGUAUUUUUCCCCAGUAUUAUAUUCUGAAUGAUUAAAUGUUAUGUUAUUUUAGAGAAAUCCCAUUAGAGCUAUUCAUUGAAAUCUGAAUCCACUACUUAAAAUGGCUCUGUAUGCAUAAGAUGAGAUUGUAACACAUGAAACAAAAGAUAAAUUGUAAUAUUGUGUUCAAAUAAACAAUUGAACUUAAUUUAUAAGAAAAUAUUGUGUCAUUGGUUAUGAGCCAGAUAAUAACUGGUAUACAGAAAUUACUUUGUGUAUAUGAAAUAUUUAUUACCUUCAGAGCAGGCGCGGCUCGUAAUUAAAGGCUCUGAGGCGGAGCUGCCCCAAAAUAUAUGUUUUAUAAUUUACAUUAUCAGGACGAAUUUCGCAUAUUUCCCAUUUCGAUUAAAAUAAUGACGGUCAACGUUUUUGGAACUGUUUGUAUCGAUAGAUGUUUUCCGGACGGUUAGUAGUGUUUAGGCUGCGCCUUGGAACGUCCGUAAGCUGCAUGUAGUAGCAGUUUGGGGCGUGGCUUCUACAUAGUACUGCUCUUUAUUGGCGACCCGAAGGCUCAGAGCUUGCAGCCUAAGGGUGUCAUACCAACCACCACACGUUUUUCACGUUCCACUAUCUAUGUAAUAAAGGAAUGUAGAGUGGCCGAAACUUUGCUAUCCAAUCUCUGUCUCUGCACAUCUCUACUACGCUUUGAUGCGUCAUUAAUCGACGUUUAAUAUUAUUGUUUUGAUAAUGUUUUAGAUAGUUGUUUUGUUUCUGCCAUUGGCUAUUAUAUCCACAUUUAGAAUAAGUUUGUAAAUAUCCCGCCAGAGUGCACUAGACUACGGUAACAUAACGGUACUGCCAUCUAGCGAGAGUUUUAUAAUUGAUUAGAGGACAAAGCGUGCGAAAUUUGUCCCGUUACUUUACUUUCCUUUCCUUGCUUGCUGAGGCUGUCUGCUUUUGUUGAUACCGUGUGAUAUUACCAAGUUUCUUUUUCGGAGUGUAUUUUGCAAGAUUUUAGUGAAAGAACUAGGUGCACCCAGACCUGAUCUAACGAUCAAUCAAGAACAGAAACAGUGCAAAUCUAGGCAAGGAUACAAACACAGUCAUAAUAGAGCAAUGUACGAUGCAACUGAGUGGUUGUGUGGUUGUGAAGUGAAAAAUGCAUUUUUCUGUUUCACCUGUCUUCUUACAAAUAGUACUGAUUGUGCCUGGACUGAAACUGGUAUCACUGACUUAAAGAAUUUUCACGCAGAGGUGAAAAAACAUAAUUCCAGUGAAAAACAUUUAAAUGGCUUCAUUGCGUUUUCAAUGCUAGGGAAAGUGGACAUUAUGUGCGAAUUAGACAGUGCUUACCGCCGUAAUAUAAAGAUGUAUAAUGAAAAUGUAUCAAAAAAUCGGGGUAAACUGGGUAAACUGAUAGAUAUGAUUUGCUGCAAAGUGUCAGAAAAUGUAAUUAUGACUUAUAAAAACACUAACCAAAGAUUUUAACUCGAAGUUAGCUUCUAAUGAUAUUUAAUACCUGAUUAUAGAAGAUACAGUGCGUAAAAUUAUGGGUAGAGAGUGAUCUGCCCACCCCCCUCCCCCUGAAUUCUUAGUUGUUUAUUUCAGACUAAUCUGUAGCGUAACCCGAGGUCUAUGUUGGCUCCGAUAAAUGCCGCAGCCUUCCCCAGUAUAGAAACCAUGAGCCGCGCCUGCUUCAGAGUAUGUGCUAACAUUGGUUGAAAGUGCACCUGAAUCCAUCAUAUUUAUCUUGUUAGAAAGUUGCAGAGGAAUGUCGUAGAUGAUGCAUGUGCUACAUUAGACAGGGUGUUUCUAUAAUACUUUUACAAACUUUACGGACAGGUUCCUUACACCAAAACAACAAAAAUUCCUAGUAAACGCAGUAUCUAAAAUGCAUUCCAUAGGAACUUUGAGCACUUGUUCACGUUCAUUACUGUGAAACACAUCUUUUCUAUUGAAUAAGUGCUCUUAAGGUAUGCAUUGUAGAGCCCAUGUUUACUAGAUCUUUUUUUCUUUUUCUGUGUGAGGAACUUGUCCUAAAAGUUUGUAAAAGUAUUUUUGAAAUACACUGCAUAUGGGGUGAUCAAAAGUUCAAGCAUUCAGAUCACCUCAAGAUUCCUUGGAAUAUUUGGAUGCAAAAGUGUUUCUAUCAGACAUUAGCCAAGAGCUCAUUGUAAUAGAAGAUUUUCAUAGAGGGGAUGAUUUGGCAAUAUUUAAUGUAACAACAUAUGGCUCUUUUAAGUAGGCACAUAGUUCUUUGUAUGUUGAGAGUUUGUGGUGGAUUAGCUUUAAUUGUCAGUGUUAUGAAGUAAUUUUGAUGAUGUUAGCAGUGAUCCUAUUCCAUGUUAUUACUAAAAGUUUUGUCACAUUUUUCUCCCCUAUCCACUUGAAUGUUUUUAUCUAUUUGACUUCAUUUUUUCAUUUAUUGGAACUCUGAAGAUGCUGUAAGAUUUUACUUGAUUUCAUAGUAGGUGAUAGAGAAACUACAGCAUCUUUCAAAAAACUUUGAAUAGAAUGUAUUGUACACAUAAGAACAGUACAAUCAUUAAUUACAAACACUUGAAGUGCCUAACAAUAUAUUGUCCAUAGUCUUAUGAUAUUUGCGUCCAUUUUAGCAUUUGUGAGAUUUACUUUUUCACUGGCUGUGGCAUGCCCUUUACUUCUUUGAAACACAGCAGUAUUCAUUUUUGGAAGUGCAGCUGGGACUCAAGUUGUCAGCUCUUCUGGAUUUGGAUGUUGGAAUACCAAAAGCUUGCUCUGUCAAAGACACUCAAAGAAGGGACA